AUGAGCGAGGCGCGGCUGCGGGCCGGGCGCGGUCCCGGCGGGGCGCGGGACCCCCAGGACAAGGAGUCAGAGUCUGAGAACAAGCUGGAUGGAGAGACAGCAUCAGACAGCGAAAGCAAAUCUGAAUUUGGGGGUUCAUCCCCAGUGCCGACCUCGGAUGACACCCCAGAGGUGCUGAACAGGGCCCUCUCCAACCUGUCUUCGAGAUGGAAGAACUGGUGGGUGAGAGGCAUCCUCACGCUGGCUAUGAUCACCUUCUUCUUCAUCAUCAUCUACCUGGGCCCCAUGGUCUUGAUGACAAUAGUGAUGUGUGUCCAGAUCAAAUGUUUCCACGAGAUCAUCACCAUUGGCUACAACGUGUACCACUCCUAUGACCUGCCCUGGUUCAGGACACUCAGCUGGUACUUCCUGCUGUGUGUGAACUAUUUCUUCUACGGUGAGACAGUGACAGAUUAUUUCUUCACGCUGGUGCAGAGGGAGGAGCCCCUGAGGAUCCUCAGCAAAUACCAUCGCUUCAUUUCCUUCGCCCUCUACCUGACAGGUUUCUGCAUGUUUGUCUUGAGUCUGGUGAAGAAACACUAUCGCCUCCAGUUCUAUAUGUUUGGCUGGACCCAUGUGACGUUGCUGAUUGUUGUUACCCAGUCCCACCUCAUCAUCCACAACCUGUUUGAAGGAAUGAUCUGGUUCAUUGUCCCCAUCUCCUGUGUGAUCUGCAAUGACAUCAUGGCCUACAUGUUCGGGUUCUUCUUUGGCCGCACGCCGCUCAUCAAGCUCUCCCCAAAGAAGACCUGGGAGGGUUUUAUUGGAGGAUUUUUUUCCACCGUUCUCUUUGGAUUGCUGCUGUCCUACGUGAUGUCUGGGUACCGCUGCUUCACCUGCCCCGUGGAGUUCAACAACGACACCAACAGCUUCACUGUGGACUGCGAGCCCUCAGAGCUGUUCCAGCUGCAGGAGUACAAUAUCCCCGUGGUGCUGCAGUCUGUGGUGGGCUGGAAAACCGUGAGGAUGUACCCCUUCCAAAUCCACAGCAUUGCCCUCUCCACCUUUGCCUCCCUCAUCGGGCCCUUCGGGGGCUUCUUUGCCAGUGGCUUUAAGAGGGCCUUCAAAAUCAAGGACUUUGCCAACACCAUCCCGGGGCACGGGGGGAUCAUGGAUCGCUUCGACUGCCAGUACCUGAUGGCCACCUUUGUCAACGUGUACAUCGCCAGCUUCAUCAGAGGCCCCAACCCAAGCAAACUGAUCCAGCAGUUCCUGACCCUGAGGCCAGACCAGCAGCUCCACAUCUUCAACACCCUCAAAGCACACCUGGUGGACAGGGGAAUUUUGGGCAGCCUGGAGGACGCAUAGACAGGAGGUGGUUGGAACAGGACUGAGAACACACAGGCCUCCUCCAGGGAAUUCCUGGCUUGCCUGAUUUAAGACAAUAACUAGGCCUCAUUUCACUGUAACUUUUCUUCCUCUCUUGGUAAAUGUUUGCAUUUGUGGUUUAUUUUUUUUAAAUAAUAUAUUUAUAGAGCUUUGGUUCAAAUGAGCAAAUCUUGGCUUUGUAGCUGAGAAGGAGUUAAGGCUUGGAAGGGUUGGGUGGAGUAGGAGGGUGUGGCUGUCCUGGUGGACUGUUCUGGACCCUUGGAGGUGUGGGCAGAGCUGAGCUUUCCCUGGAGUGGGUUUGGCAGAGGAUGCAGAGCCUGGCAGGGCAGGGGGGGCUGAGCUGUUCCCUGGCUCUGGGACCAUCCUCCUCUCCAGGGACAGCUGGGGGUGCAGUGGGAAUUGUCCCAGCAGUUCCUGCCUGUGGGAAUCCCCUUGCACAAGGAAGAGGAUGUUGUACUAACCCAGCCCCAUUUCCUGUGCCCAGCCCUGCACCUGCAGUGCUCUCACCUGCUGCUUCUGCAGUGCCUCUCACAUUCCUUCCCUCCCUGAUUUGGCAAAUCAGAUUUUUGUAACGAAUUAAACAAGAAACAGACUGGGAAUGAGGAGUCAAGGAAAUGGCAGUUGUGUGUGGGAGUGUGGGAGGUUCAGAUUCCUGGUGGAAGUAAAUAAGUUUUAAAGAACAUUGAAGUUUCAUUGAGCAAUUCCUGCCAAGUGAGAACAACUUUUAAAUCACUUGGUUUGUUUUCACUCAUUAAAUAACCUUUAAAAACCACACUUCUUCAUUUCUCCAAGGUUGGAAACCCCACACUGGGAUAUUUGAAGUAACCUGGGGAGCAGUUUCCAGCCAGUUUUGUUGCUGGGUGGGCUCCAGCUGCAGCUGGGGGUUUUGUUUUCUUUCAGGGAUCAUGUCUGUUCCUUACUUGAGUUGUAGAAGUCGUGCUGCUGACUUUACCACAGUCUGUUGCAUUUCAGUCUGGGUUCAUUUCUCUGCAGGCUUCUGUCCUGCUUUGCCCACUGAAUCUUGUCAGAAAUAGUUUGUACUUUAUAGCUGCAAGUUUUAUCCAAGUCUUUUCCUUUAUUUUGUCAUAUUUUUUAUUAUUUAAAAA